UAUACCACCGUUCGGGGCCAGACACUUAUUAACGUUCCGACGCGGUGUCUCGGCGCAGCCAACUUCUCUCUAUUCGGACACUUCCCUCUCUCUCUUUCCACCGCUCCGUGUAUUCGCGCAACUUCACGCAGUAAAGCAGAGCUCUCACGACCGAUCAUACACGACGUUCGACCUUCCGUCCUUCUUUCCUCCGGUCCACAAUCGUCACCGUCGUCGUCCUCGUCGUCUUCCUCGUCGUCGUCGUCCACGUUGCGAUCGCGGUUAUCAUCCUCUCCUCCUUGUUAUCGUUUUCUUCACGAUCACGUCCCUCUUUCUCCACCUUCCGCGCUUUCGCCACCUCCGCCUCGUCGCUUCCUUCUCUUCCUCCUCGCCACCGUUGUCGUCGUCGCCGCCGUCGACGUAGCCUCGCGAGACUCUCCGGCCCCGUCCUCGUCGUCGUCCACCACCUCCAGCACUGCUGCGUCUCGCUCUUCCCUCACGUCACGUCACGUCACUUCACUUCACUUCACUCUCGGCUCGUUUGUCCGCCUCGGAUCCUGCACUGCCUUUAACGUGUACGGGGCAGCGGCGGCGCGUCUUGUGCGUACACCAUGCGUGCGUGCAUCCGUCCGUCUGGUUGGUCGGCUGGCUGAUCGGUCGGUCGGCGUUGGUUGACGUAGCGCGACGCGGCGCGGCGCUUAUCGUCGUCGUCGCAGCACGGCGGCGGUGCCUCCGCGAUCUGCCGCGGUCAGACGCAUCCCGCGAGGAGUGCACGUAGCGCGCCGAUUGUUUGGAAUGGCGAUGGCGGAUCGAAGCGCGGCCACCACGCACGGUUGCCGCAUCGUGCGGUAGUGGAAAAAUGGCCGCGAGCCUGCCUGCCUGCUCCUGGUCUCUACCUGACUGACUGACUGACUGACUACCGAAUGUCGAGAGAGAGAGCGACGUCGCCUGUCACGGGACGCGUGACGUCACGCGCGCGCUGUCACUUGGCGCAUCGUCGCCCUGGUGGCGCGAUCUCGCACGUUUUACACGUUAAAUACACUCGGGGUUAAUCACCGAGAGAGAGAAAGAGAGAGGAAUGUGAGGAGGGUGAUGAUGAAGAGAGCAAGAAAGUUUGGGGUCCACGACUGUGGAAAGGCACACGCCCCGAAUUACGCGCGAACUUGUCGAGAGGGGCGGCAGCAUCGCGGCGAUGUCACAUGACGCCCUCUGGAUUAGUUUCCAUGACAACCCGGCAGAUGUCGCUACUCCGCGCUGUGCGCUACGCUUCGCUCUUUCUCCUUCUCUUCUUCCGAUAUCGAUUUUCGAUAUACUCUAUGGCGGUAAUUUUCGUAUAAUCGUCUAGUGAAAGGAGGAGGGAGAGUGAGGAAAUGGGGGAAACGAGCGCCGGUUCAUGAAUCUGCUGCAGCGAGUAGACUGUUAAUCUCGUCUAUUCUUGGCUUAUUAACCGCGAAUUCUCGAUUACACGAAGCUGAAAUUUGAAGUCUGACUUUAGAUGCUGAAAAUACAGGAUUCGCUCUUAUAUUGUUUUUAAAAUGAUGAGUGAGAACGUGGGAUGUGCGGCGCAAACCGAACUGAUGAUGUCACGGAUUGGCUGCAUCUCUUUCCCGUAUCAUCGGUUAAACCGCACCUGGAAAGGCGCGUCUCCUUUGGACCAGUUCGCCGCAACAAUUAUCCGCUUUUGCGAGAGCGCAUCUCCGCGAUCCACGACCAUUUCACGCAGCCGGUUUUGGAAAACGAGAAGCCGACAUUCAUGGUACGUAAAUUGAAUUUCUCUUUGAUUGAUUGAGUGACCAGAAACAUCAAGAUUUCAUAGCAGACAUGAUCGAAUGAUGGAGGUAAUUUCAACACGCCGAUACGAAGUCCGUCCACCGACGAACACCCACUCCGCUAUUCUUGUUGACCCUGAGAACUCCGUGGCAUUAAUCAAAGAAGAGGAAUGGGAGACCCGCAAGAAAAAGGAGAUCACGACGACCCGGCAGAUCGAGACCAGGGUUAAACGACAGGUCGUUCUCGAAGAUGGCGAAGUCGUUGUCGAUUCUGGACCUCUCGUUACCACAAACACUACCGAGGAUGUCGAGCAGCAGGAGCAUACAACUCAGGAGAGACGCACGACCGGGGAUCAACCGCAGGAGGUCGACUGGCGGCCGGCGGCAGGUGGUAUUGUGACCGGAAGUGGCAGUAACAUCGUGCAAAAGGAGCUCAACGAGACGGUGGUGAGGAGCCGCGAGGAGAUCGAAGAGAGGCUCGAGACGGAAGAUCGUCAACAGCUGGGGGAUAUCUCGGACGAGGCAUAUCAGAAGGCGGUCCGUAACAAUAGAGGCGAUUUGCGGGUCGCUCUUGCCGAAUCUUCGAAACAAUUGGCGCCGCAGUCCGGUCCGCGGGUCAUUCAGCACACGACUAAGUCGAACAAAGUCAUCGACACCGAGAAGACCUUGGAGACAAAGGAACUGAAGGCUGAUGGAUUAAUCGUUACCGAGAAGAAGCGCACUGUCGAGCACGAAGAGAUCAAAGACGACGAGGUUCCGGACGACGGUGAGAACGACGACGACGAGGCCGCGGAAACGAGAAAAGAGGGCUCGCAGAGAUACGUGAAGAGGAGAGAAGAAGACGUGGUGGACUACAUCUCGGCCGGCGAGAGAGUCGGCCGAGAAAUGCGCUACGUCGCAGAGACAACCGAAGGAGAACGAAUAGGCGACUGGUCACCAUCACCGACGGGUAUGCGGACCACUCGUUUCCACAAAUAUUCCGGCUUCCCGGAUGCCACGCGAAAAGAUGCUCUAACGAAAAAGUCGUUGGAUCUAGAAGAAGAAGAUGAGGCAAGAAAAUUCGAAACGUCAAAGUGGCUGGAAAGUCACUUUGGUAGCGACUCGCGUUCCUCUCACGGGUCUCUUGACGCUGAUGACUCCCCUCUUCCAACCAGCACUAAUACGAGCUAUAUCAACGUCACUAUGAAAUCCUGCACCCCCAAGGAACGCGAAUAUGAAAACGUAAGCUCCAGCCGCCACCAGAGACGUGGUAGAGACUCGAACUCGCCUUCAGGAUAUUAUCAUGGAAUCAGCGAAUGGUCGGAACGAUAUCAAGGAAAAGAAAAACAAAAUCAUGCGCGAACGAGUUCUCCAGUUCGAUAUGUGGAAUCCGUUCGUACCAACGGAUAUCAUGGACAUAAGAGAAAUCCAACUGAAUCAUCAUAUUCAAAAACUUACGAAUCGUUUCGACGUGAGUAUCAAAACUCCCUCGAGGAACGACAACGUACACCUUCCCCACCGAUACGCCGGAGAUCGAAAGAACAAUGGGCAAAAUCUGAAGAAAAAAUUAAUUUGAACGAACCGUCGCCGGGUCGUACUUCAAGUCCGAUACACGUGGUGCAGAGAACUUGGGAGAGUCGUAAUCGCGAUGUUCAAGCACAGACUCCAGAAAGAGACGAUUAUAAAAAUAUUCCGCCGCGAUCACGAUCAAUCUCACCAAAGUUGUCGUCAACUAAUCGCGAAGAGAAGAAAUCUGACAUUUCGCGAGCGUCGAAAAAUACUGGUUCUAAAUAUAAGAUUGGUGAAUCCUUUCGGAAACUAGUAGGCAAGUUGCGUUCAGCCAGCACGGAGAGAAAGAACAAGCGUGGAAGUUCGACCUCGCAAUUGACGCAGACCGACGACAACAGUCCGACUUAUUUGCAAUACAACGUCGUCGACCGGAAUAUUCCUCUCGUCAGCGAAAGAGAUAUAAUAGAGGACAAACCGCCUGAGAGACCACCGCGAUCACCGCGAAAUGUCAACGUGCCGAACAAAGGUGUCACCAAAAUAACCAGGACGGCUAAUCAAGUCAUUCAGGAACAAUGGCAACAUAACGAUUCCACGCCACCGCCUUUACAGAGGUAUUACUUGGGUGAGGAUCCUUUCGGUGGCAGCAUCUACGGUCGCGAGAAAGGGUACGAGAUUGACAGAGAUCGACAGCGACACGGAAGACCGCGGAGUUCCGGUAGAAUUGCCGUAGAUUCCGAGAGCAGCCUUGCCUCCAGCUCCCUCGGCAGGUUUAGCAAAUCCACCAGCAGACUGGUCGGCGAUUACGAAAGAGAGGAGCAGUUCCGGCCUAUCCAGACAUUACCGCGAAAUCUGCACUCCACCGGUGGUGGACAAUCGGCUCGUUCGCAGACUAGACGACAUCACAUCAGCAGACACGGCAAGACAGGCCAGCAACACAGUAGCAUGAUCAACAUAUCGAUUAAGAAUGCAGUUAACACGCCGUCCAAGUUGAACAUGAGCGCGUACAGCACUCUUCAAGCACCCCCGAAACCUGAACGGACGUACAAAUCAUCGCUGUCGCGCAGCAAAAGCUUUAACGUCGAGGUCGACAAGAACGGUGUCGACGUGCCGAUCCGCGCACCGUAUACCUCCAAUUUGCACCUGAACCGGUUGGACGAAACACCGCCGCUGAAGAGCCCUGGCAUUCUUGCCAGCAUUAGUCGUAGUAACAGGGAUCUGUUAAGAGAAGAGGCAGCAAUCAUGGCAGAUCACGUGACGUCUGGUCGAUGGUGCAACAAAUAGACUUCUUAAAAAUGCAAUUCAUAUAUACCUACACAUGCAAUUUCCAAUCUGACAAAUAUCAUAUUUUAUGUCCGUUGCUAUUCUAUGCAUUUUCCAAAACAUUUCGAAGAAAUUAUUCGAAUAAAAUAGAAAAUCACAAAAU